UGUUUGUAAACAAAACAAUCUUCCUCCCUGUCAGAGAUGCUCAAACAGUUCUCCUCCCUGUCAGCUCGUACACAUGCAAAGCAGUGUGCUUACGGUGAAGCACACACACACAACACAUAGUGAAACAGCACACAGCUAACCCUUUGAUCGCCCCUCAUGUUAACCCAUUCCUGCCCAGUGCCAUUAGUACAGUGUCAGUGCUUCUUUUUAGCACUGCUCACUGUAUUGAUGUCAUUGGGGAUGUCAGUGACAACAAGUCAGUUCCCCCCAGUGUCAGAAUGCCCGCCGCAGUCCCGC